GGUUUUCUUGUGAAUCUGAUCUGUUUCCUCUGUGGACUAUAUGCAUUAAUUGACUCAUUUUUCCUCCUGGGGUUGGGCUUUAGUGCCUUCUUUGUUUUGUCGAAAUGUGAAGCUCAUCUACUGCCACUUAGAUUUUUUAUUUUUUCUUUGCUAAUCUGUGCUUGACAUUGCUAGAACUUUGCCUCUUAGACUGAAGAUAUUAUUUAUUUAGGAGUUUGACUUCUGCUUUCUCUUUUGAGUUACCGUUAUAACUUGGAUCUUGGGAUAAUCUAGUUGGAUAUGAAAUCACCAGGUCUAAGUUAUGAUUAGUUUCAUAGUGAGUUGUCCAUUUUUGAACUAAUUUUCAGCAUUCUUUAGCAAAGAGACCAAAAUCCAUCCCCAGAUUCAAGUUGAGUUUCAUACUUGAUAGUGUGUGUUGGCUGCAUUUUUCACUUAUUUGGCCUGGCUUUGCUUGUGGGACUAUACAAGGAAUCUUAUUAGGGGAGUACAAUAAAGGUUCCAGAAGGAAAGACCCAAAAAACUUGAAUGAUGUCAUGGGAUGGAACUGAAAUUUGCAGCUGGAGGGGAUCCACUUGUACUGGAUUUUCUCCAGUUUUUUGGAUCUACAGGGACCUAGUCCUGUGCUAUAGAUAAAACGUCUACCCGCUGUUGAAGUUCGAAUAAACCGAUUGACGGGAUGUGGGAACAUAGACAUAUGGAAUGGACAAAAGAUCUUGCAGAGCUAGAGACUUGAUUAGAUCCCAAGAAGAACUGAAUGCUACAUCAUUGUAAAAGAAGAGGAAGAAAGGCUGAGACUAAGUGUCAAUUGAUUCCUGGUUUCACCCUCAACCAUGAAAUCUGGAUCAGAGAAUGGAUGGCAUUCCAUCAAGUCUCUUCAUUUUAGAGGUAAACCAGCCAGCAAUUUUUGCUUGUUUCAGAAGGUGAAGGCAUCUGCCCGUACUCCGGGCGAAACUCCCGUCUAUCUCAACGUGUAUGACUUGACACCCGCAAAUGGCUACGUCUACUGGGCCGGGCUUGGAAUCUUCCACUCCGGUGUAGAAGUUUAUGGCAUUGAAUAUGCCUUCGGAGCCCACGACUACCCGACAAGUGGUAUCUUCGAGGUCGAACCCCGAACAUGCCCUGGCUUCAAGUUUAGGAAAUCAAUUUAUAUCGGUACAACUUGCUUGGAUCCAAUCCAAGUUAGAGACUUCAUGGAGCGUCAAUCAACAAACUAUCAUGGCGAUUCGUAUCAUUUGAUCGUGAAGAAUUGCAACCAUUUCUGUGAGGAUAUAUGUAAAAAGCUAACCGGGAAAUGCAUACCGAAAUGGAUUAAUCGGCUUGCAAGAAUAGGUUCAAAAUGCAACUGCAUACUCCCAAAGGCACUUAAGGCCUCUACAGUGCAACACGACCCGAGAUUUGAGGGACACGACAGCGAAAAGAAAAGACUGAGGAGCGGCUUCAGUUGCUUAUCCUCAAUCUCAAUGAAUCAGAAGGAAGUUUCACUAUCUUCACUGUUUCUACACUCCCACUAUAAAGGCUGCCUACCCCCAUGGGAACUGAAAAGAUCUAAAAGUUGGUCCUUCAAGUAAGGAGAAGACGAAUGACCCCGAUCCAAGCUUGCUGACGAAGUUCCAUUCUUCGUUCGGUCAGAGGGACGAUAGUAGCCAUGGGAGGUCACUGAUUUGAGCUUUGAGCAUCUUUUUUUUUUUUCAGUCUCUGGUUUGAGCUGACUUGGGGGAUUCAUUGAUGAUUAUGUGGAGUUUGUGUAUUUUGGUAGGGCAGUAUGGUUUUCCAAUGCCAAUGUAUAUUAGUUGUUCAUCUUCUUCUCUUUGCAAAUCAUUGUUUUAGCA